AUGACUAGAAACAAAUUAUACAGGACAAGAGUAUCACUAAGUAAGCAAACGGCUCAGGUGAAGUCUGGUGCAUGUAACUGUAAAGCAGGAGCUAAUGGUCGAUGUAAGCAUAUUGGCGCAUUGCUGUACAAAAUACUCGAUUUUACUGAAAGCGAAGUGGAUGAAAUACCACAAGAACUUUACGUGCACUGAAAGACCACAACAGUGGCACAUACCCCGCUCUAAUUCUUCAAAGGACGAACUAGUUCUAUUGGAUGAGUUAUUAGUGAUUAAGCAUAAUUAUGAGGCCGAUAAAAAAGGAAGAAAAAACGAGGUAAGGACUCAGAGAAAAGUGGAAAAGCAAAUGUACGACGCUGCACCCUCUUUUGCCAGAAAAAUCAAUGAACAUCAAAAUAAAACAGUUUUCUGAGGACUUGAAAGCAGCAAAAACAAAGAACCGACCAAUGCUUAUUGAUUUGUUGAAGGGAAUGAAUGCAAGCCCAUUGUCACUCAAGACAUAACACUAAGGGAAAAUCGAGACAACAUACUGAAGGAUCAUGAUUAUUGUUGUCAUUCAAACAGAAAACGUCAAAAUGAAAUUGGGGAUGCAGAUAGUGGCAUUGAUCUUCCUUGCAAAAUCAUUAAAAAUGGAAAGCGUUAUUGAGCCACUCGAUACAAAUUUUGACAAUCGAUUUUGCUUGUCUCAUUGUGAAGCUGUCCAAGUUGAUGCUCCUGACAGUGAGCGAUCUGUUACUGAAGAUGACAACCAAGAAUGUGUACAAUCCCUUCCGCCCGAGAACCCGUGUAUAAACACCAGUUUCUCUUACAUUGAAAAACAUAUCAUUUCUGACUGGAAUUUGCCCGAAUCUUAUUCUGAUGAUUAUGAUUUGAAUGAAGAAAAUUUCAGAAAGGUGUGCACUGACUUUGUUGAAAACUUAGUAUAACUGAGACUGAAAUAUCUGAGAUAGAAAUACAAACAAGGGGUCAGUCUGAAAAUACACAGUGGUUCAAAUACAGAUGUGCACGAGUAACAGCAUCAAGUUUGGGGAAAUUAAGAACAGAAGAUCCACCACUGCACCUGAUCGCUUGAUACGUGAUAUUUUUCAGUACAAUCCAAAAGGUAAAAAACACCCAUCAAUGUCAAGAAGGUUUAAGGCUUGAGCCCAUAAUCAAAGAGAAGUAUAUAGCCAAGCAAUCUGAAAAUGGCCACACUGGAAUAAAGGUAUCUGAAAAAGGAUUGAUCAUUGACAGAAAAAACCCUUUGCUUGCAGCUAGUAUUGAUGGUGAAGUUUAUGACCCGACAGCAAAGCACAGUCCAGUUGGAAAUCUGGAAAUGAAAUAUAAACAAUUUCCCAGCAGAUUAUGUACAGAACAGAAAAAUUGA